GUCCAAUCUAAAAAUGCUUACAGGCAAAGAAGAAUAGCCCUUAUUAUUGUUAAGAGUAAUGCGCUUAAAAAAAAGUCUAGUCCAAUCGAGGAAAUUAAGAAAGCAAAGAAUUGCCAAAGUAUUUAAGGAGCACAUUUACUGAUACGUACUAAUUGUAAGAACCAAUAAAAGAGAAAAGAGGCAAAAAGAUAUUACCUUAGUAUGCAUUUGGAAACUCAUUGGAAUCUCCAUCAUAUUUUAGGAAUGCAAAUACUUUGAUUUGUAGAGAAAGUUAUGACAACCCAUUUAUUAAAGGACAAAUGAAACCAAAGAGUAAAUGGGAUUCACUUCGUAGCAAUACAUUAAAUAAUUAUGAUUUCUAUAAUGUCUCUGAAUAGAAAUUUAGUAAUUUGCCUUCAGAUGGAUUUCGUAAUGUGAGAUUAGUGAAGUAAUAAAUAUAUAUACAAUAUAAUAGUACAGUAACAAAUCAAAUCAAAUUUGUUAAAACCCCUAAAGUGAAAAAUGAAGAAUAUACAUUUUAGCAAGCAUAUCGAACAUUGUAAAAUACAAGCCAUUUUAGGAGAAAACAUGGUGAGUAAUUUUAUUGAUGUAUCGAUAGAAUUGUUUACAGAUUUUAUUGAAAGAAAUGAUAACUAAAAUGUUUAUGGACAUUUAAAUGAUCGUUAAAGACCAAAAGGUCAUUUAAGAGAUGUAAAAAACUUUAGUAUGACUCCUCAAGAAUUUAAUCUACAUCAUAAAAAUAAUUACAAUCUCAUGAUUGUAAGUCCACAUAUAAAAACAACUAGAUAAAAAGAUUAUCCUAAUUUUAAUAUCGGAGAUGAAAAAGUAGAAAAAUAUUAUAAAAGAGAUUAGAAGUAAGUAAAUUUAUAUUAAUACUAUUUAGAUUUCUUAACUCUUUAAGUAAUACAAUCAUUGCUACUUAAAUAGAUAAUAAAAUCAAAGGCAAAAAAUAAAAUAAAUAUAAGUAUAUUAAAUAUCAUUUUCAGUGCUGAUCCUGUGGCUGAAGACUAUUAAGAAAAUGAAAUUGGAUUAAUUGAAGUAUUUGAAAAACAUCUAGAGUUUGAAAAAUAAUAUGGAAAUUGAUU